GACGACAACCAGAAGCGUCAAUUUGCUACUGGUCUUCUAUCGUCCUCUGUUGCCGAUCUUAGUGUACCCCAGCUUGUAGAGAUACAUUCCUGACUUGCCCCUGCAAGGGGGCUGCACAUAGCGCUGCGAACUUGGACAAGACAUGACCAUGGAGACGCUUGAUAAGGACAAGCUGCCCCAGAACUGGAGGGCACCACUUAUCAAGGUCGUCAGCAAUCAUGUUUGGCAAGUGUGCGACCGCGUGGACUUGACAGACCCAGGCAACCAUCCAAAUGGCGACGGGAGCGGGAAGUCGCCCGCGUAUGGAGCGUACGCAGGCCCGGUGGAGCAGCUGCUAAACAAUGCGUUUGAAGGCGCGCUCAAGAACUGGGAGAUAGGCCCAUUCGCUGCCUGGGUGGGCAAGACCAAGGUGUUCAACGAGCUGGACCUGCAGUGGGACUUCGCCAUCAGCCUGCCCAACCAGCACCUCACUCGGCCCCUGGGGGCGGCAGGAGCGGCAGGCGCAGGAGCAGGAGCGGCGGUGGCUGCGGCCGGGGAGGGGAGCAGCGGCGGCGCGGAGCAGGCUCUGCUACUGCCGUCGCCUUACGGCCGUGAGUGUGGCAGUAGCAGCAGCAGCGACGGCAGCGCGGGCACGGGCUACGGCUUCGGCAGUAGCGCCGGCGGCGGCCCCAUUGCCGACCCACAUGGCAACGGCUUUGGCCUGGUGUCUGCGGAGGAGGACAUUCCGGUGGAGGAGCAGUGGAGCCUGGUGGUGUGGCUCAAGCCCGGCGAGCGCGGCACGGCGGUGGACCUGCCGCGCUUCGUGGCGGUGGUGGACAAGAUGGCCUCGCCCGCCUACGCCAAGGCGGCCAGCGGCAGCUGGGACAUCUUCCUCAGCCACUUCCAGGGCAACGCCGGCAACACGGUGAUGAGCAUGAAGGCGCUGCUGGAGAGCGCCUCGCCGGGGCUGAGGUGCUGGCUGGACAAGGACGAGGACGCCACGGAGGCGGGCAUGCGGCGGGGCGUGGCGGGCAGCCGCUACUACCUGCUGUUCCUCACACAGGGUGUCCUGGCGCGGCCGUUCGUGCAGCUGGAGGCGCGGGAGGCGCUGGCGCUGGGGAAACCAGUCAUCCUGGUCCACGAGACGGACCCGCGGUUCGGCGCCGCCGCCUCCUUCAACGACUACGUGGGUGAGGCGCCGCCCGACCUGAAGCAGCUGUUCAGCAUGGCCAACUCCAUCCCCUGGUACCGCGAGGAGGAGUUCAGGAUUGUGAGCAUCAAGAAGAUCCUGCAGGCCGCUGGCCGCGCCGCCAUCUGAGGAGCCACUGGACGGCCGGGCAGCGCGCGGCUGGCGGCUGGGGCUGGCGGCUGGGGCCAGCAGGCGUGUUGGUUCGCCGGGUUGUCUAACAGGAUAGGCAGUAACCAGCACUAGCUCAGGACAAUGUAGGGAUUAGCGUCUGUAAAGGCAGUAGCGGCACUGUGAGCGAGCGAGCGAGCCAGAAUGUGCAUUUGCAUGACGGGCAUUGUGGGCCAUGGGCGCGCGCUGAAAAAAGGCGCUGCGCGAGUGCACGAGUGACCGGGCGGCGGGUGAUUGAGGCGGCAGAGGACGGGAGCGGCUUGUGGCGAUGCUGUGCGUGUUGUACGGGAGGCGAGCAGCUACGGACAGGUAGGCAGACAGACAGACGGGUGUGGGGUGCGGCGUGCUGGCGACACGGCUGUUGGGGUGGUGGCAGCGGUGGCGGCGGCCCAAGCAUGGUAAUGCGUUGUGGCGGAAGGGUUGGAAGCCGGGCAGCGCAGCGCAUGCCAUGCUGCAGGCAGAGAGCGAGAGAGAGAGAGAGAGAGAGUGUGUGUGUGUGUGUGUGUGUGUGUGUGUGUGUGUGUUAAAAAACGAAACGAAAGCCCGCCCAAUGACGCGACGGAGUUACUGUGUGUGUGUGUGUGUGUGUGUGUGUGUGUUAAAGAGCACAAGGAAAACGUUGCGCAAAGACAGUGUAUGCGAUGCAGCAAAGCGACGGUUGACGGAUGUUACCUGAAGUUACCUCGCAUACCUGCUGCGGUGAGCCGCCGGUCUUACCAACCGGAAAUCGCGCAACCCCCGCUACUCUAACCUCGAGGGGGGAUUAGUGUCCACACGCUCUCAAGGGUGCAAACCCAUGCAUGUGCUCACGGUACCGUGAGGCCCAGGCACUCCUACGAUUCCUAGCUCCGCGUCGCUACUCCUGGCCGCUAAGUCCAAGCUCCCGCCCAAACCUCGAUGAAAUUCUCACCUACGAGCGUGUGUGUGUGUGUGUGUGUGUGUGUGUGUGUGUGUGUGUGUGUGUGUGUGUGUGUGCAUCUGGCCUUGGUCCAGUGGAGAUGGGGCAUCGACGGAAGGAAGUGGUGGGGGCAGUGAAUGCGACGCGGGUGAACCGCCGAACCGGGCAAAUGCUAACGCUAUCA